AAUCUUAAAACGGAAGAGGCGUUGACGUAGUUUGUUGUUGUCAACAACGCUGAUCAGUUUGCUACAAACCCCGUUGGGUAAAUGUAAAGCUGAACAAUUACGGUCCCUGACAGCUACUCUGUGUGUUUGGCAGUGUGAGUGUGGGUCCGACAUUACUCUGUGGUGUGUGAGAUGUCUUCAGAGUUGCUGGUAGAUCUGGGUGAAGACCCUGCAACCGCACAGUUAGGGCAGCUGAAGCUAACCACCAUAGAGAACCAGGAGUGGCCCCCUGAUGAGCCUUCUCUCAGCAAAUCAGAGACAGACAUCUCCCAGCACUUUGACGCUGGCUCUCCCCACUUGCCCUGGGAUCAUCCCUUCUAUGACAUCGCCAGGCAUCAGAUCAUUGAAGUAGCAGGUGAUGAUAACUUUGGCAGGAAGGUGAUUGUGUUCAGUGCCUGCAGGAUGCCCCCACAGCACCAGCUGGACCAUCACAAGCUGCUGAUGUACCUUAAAGGAACUCUGGAUCAGUAUGUGGAAAGUGACUAUACUCUGAUCUAUUUCCAUUACGGGCUGACUAGUGAAAACAAACCGUCUCUCAGCUGGCUACGAGAUGCAUACAGGGAGUUUGACAGAAAGUAUAAGAAGAACAUCAAGGCUCUGUACAUUGUUCAUCCCACCAUGUUCAUCAAAACACUGCUGUUCCUCUUCAAACCAAUCAUCAGUUUUAAAUUUGGCAGGAAAAUCAACUAUGUGAGCUAUCUGAGUGAGCUGGAAGAUGUGGUGAAGUGUGAGCAGCUGCUCAUUCCCACUCGUGUGAAAGAGUAUGACAACAAGUUGAGAGCAUCUCUGAAACCAACCGCCCAGCCUCCCAUGUCCCGUCCUUCCAGCCCUCCCCUCCCCAACCAGGUGUUUGGAGUUUCACUUGCAUUGCUCAGACAGAGGAGUCCAGAUGUUAAUCCAGUUCCUGUUGUGAUGAGAGACACCAUUGCCUUCCUUUUAGAACACGGUUUGGAGAUCGAGGGUAUCUUUAGGCGUUCUGCCAACGUGACUCUGGUGAAGGACGUCCAGCUCAGAUACAACUCAGGUGCAACAGUGAACUUCAGAGAGAUGGAAGACGUCCACUUGGCUGCUGUGAUUCUGAAGACAUUCCUGAGAGAACUGCCUGAGCCUCUGAUGACCUUCCAGUUCUACAAUGACAUCGUCAACUUUGCCUCUGUAUCCAAUGACAACCAGGUGACAGUAAUUAAGACGCUAGUAGAGUCACUGCCAGAGGAAAACUACGCAUCACUGCGAUACCUCGUCACAUUCCUGGCACAGGUAUCAGUCAACAGUGAGGUGAAUAAGAUGACCAACAGUAACCUGGCUGUGGUGUUUGGUCCUAAUCUGCUCUGGGGGCGGGACAACGCUAUGUCGCUCAGUGCCAUUGGGCCAAUCAACAACUUCACCAGAGCCCUGCUGGACCAGCAGCAUCUAAUCUUUACCUAAAUCGUGUCCCUUCAUUCUUUUCAUGCAGCAUUUAGUUCAGAGGCUGCAUCAGGGUACUUCUUUACCAACAGCACUUAGACAAGCCAGCUUCAUCUGCUUUUACAUUAAAACAUCAUACUCUUUAAAAAUA